AUGGAUGCGCGCACAUUCGUCUCCGACAACUUGAUCAAGUUGGUCGGAGCCAGCGAGGGCAUGAUGGUCGACUUCGUGUUGGAGACCGCGCGAUCGGCCAAAUCUCCCGGCGCAUUGAUGGACACCUUAUCCGGCAUGCUCGAAUCUAGCGACGAUCACCUUCAAAAAUUCAGCCAGGAUCUUUUCGCCCGGGUCGGAAAGUCCUCGACGAGUCAUCGCUCCGCCAUCCCAGCACGCGAGAAGCCAAAGGAGACGAAGAAGAAGUAUGCGCUGGUGGAUAUGGAGGUCGAAGGUGAGGCGCCGCCUCCGCCACCAAAGCAAGAGGAGAAGUCGAGGCAUCGUGAAAGCAGCCGGAGGUCAAAGCAUGAUUCGGAGAAUGCGAGGAGGCGAUCCAACAGCAGAGAUCGGCCGAGGAAGAAAUACAGACGGAGAGAUGAUGGCGACUUUGACGAUCGUUGGGGUGACGAGGAGUUUUCGGAGGAAGAGGGGCAGGAGGAUUUCCCGACCUCACCUGCGAAGCGCGCACGAUUUGACGAUGGUUCUGCAAGUCCGGUGGACACGGCGAAGGAUGAGGCGCCGGCCGAGGACGAAGAAGAGAAGGAUCGGCGCGAGCGGUUAGAAUUCGAGAAGAGACUGAGGACGAAGGACGCAAAGUCUACCAAGACUCUGGUCGAGGAUCGAUCCUCUCACAGAGAAGCUGCGGACACGGAAAGACGAGCGCAGGCGGGAAAGCUGUCGGAACAAGAGAUGAAGGCCCUCCGAUUGCGCUCGCGUCAGGACUAUCUCAAAAAGCGAUCAGCUCAGGAGCUUGUGCUUUUGAGGAAACAGGUUGCGGAUGAAGAGGAGGAAAUGCGAACCAACCCACGACUGACGCAGGCCGAGAAGGAUGAAUUCAUGCGAAAUCGGGAAGCAUUACGGCUGGCCGAGGAGCGCGAGAACAUCGACGACCAUUUCGAUGGAUACGCAAUGCCCGAGGACUACAUUACAGAAAAAGGCAAGAUGGACAUGAAGCGCAAGCAGGAUGCACUCUACAGCCGAUACGUGGAACGCGACGACCAGGGGCGUGAGCGUUACGUCACGGAACAUGAGGAAUGGGAACGGGAACAACUCGCCAAGACAAAAGCCCAGAUCAUUGUCGCAGACCGCGUCAACGAAAAGGAGUACGAGUAUGUGUUCGACGAGGAACAGCAAAUCAAAUGGGUGACGGAUGCCACCCUGCAAGGAGGCCUCAGUUCGAUGCAGAGCCAAGAAGAGCGAUUGGUAGCCCAGCAAUUGCUCGCGGCGGAACGAAAGGCGAAGACGAUUGAAGAGAAACGGAAAAGCCUGCCCGUCUACCAAUAUCGUCAAAUCUUCCUCGAUGCCGUACGAGAUUACCAAAUCUUGAUCAUCGUGGGUGAAACGGGAAGUGGAAAGACAACUCAACUCCCACAAUUUCUUUACGAAGCAGGAUACUGCAAGGAUGGGGUCAAGGUCGGCUGCACACAGCCCCGUCGUGUCGCCGCGAUGAGUGUCGCGACCCGUGUCGCCGAGGAGAUGGGCGUUAAGCUCGGCAACGAGGUCGGAUACGCCAUUCGAUUCGAAGACGCGACUUCGGACAAGACGGCAUUGAAAUACAUGACCGAUGGUAUGCUCCUGCGAGAAUUCCUGACGGAGCCGGAUCUCAGUGGCUAUAGCUGUUUGAUGAUCGACGAGGCCCACGAGCGGACGCUGCACACGGACAUCCUCUUCGGGCUGGUCAAGGACAUCGCUCGCGGCCGACCCGACCUGAAGCUCCUCAUCUCCUCCGCGACGCUCGACGCCCAGAAAUUCAGCAAAUUCUUCGACGACGCGCCCAUCCUCAACAUCCCCGGUCGGACUUACGAUGUCGAGAUGAACUACUCGCUGCAGCCCGAAGCCAACUACCUCUCCGCUGCCAUCACCACCGUGUUCCAAAUCCACCUCUCACAGCCCAUGCCCGGCGACAUCCUCGUCUUCUUGACCGGUCAAGAUGAAAUCGAGCAGGCGGAACAAUCCCUCCAGGAGACGGCUAGGAAACUCGGCAGUGCCGCGCCCGAACUGAUGAUAUGCCCGAUCUACGCCAACCUGCCGACGGACAUGCAGCAGAGGAUUUUCGACCCGACGCCCCCCAAAGUCCGCAAGGUGGUCCUCGCCACCAACAUCGCCGAGACGAGUUUGACCAUCGACAACAUCGUCUAUGUCAUCGACCCAGGCUACGUCAAGGAGAACCGCUACACGCCGGCGACGAACAUGGAGAGCCUGGUCUCCGUCCCGAUCUCCCGCGCCUCGGCGAACCAAAGAGCCGGACGAGCCGGCCGAACCGGGCCGGGGAAAUGCUUCAGGCUGUACACGAAAUGGGGUUACUACAACGACCUCCCCGAGAACACCACCCCCGAGAUCCAGCGCACCAACCUCAACAGCGUGGUGCUCCUCCUGAAGUCCCUCGGGAUCAACGACCUCAUCAACUUCGACUUCAUGGACCCGCCCAGCCCGGACAUGCUCAUCCGCUCGCUCGAGAUGCUCUACGCCCUCGGCGCGCUCAACGACAAAGGCGAACUCACCAAGGUCGGCCGCCAGAUGGCCGAGUUCCCGACCGACCCGCUCCUCGCGAAGGCGGUGCUGGCCGCGGACAAGGAAGGCUGCGUCGAGGAGGUGCUCUCCAUCAUCGCCAUGCUCGGCGAGGCCUCCGCGCUCUUCUACCGGCCCAAGGACAAGAAGCUCCAGGCGGACGCGGCCCGCGCCCGCUUCACCGUCAAGGACGGCGGCGACCACCUCACCUACCUCAACAUCUGGAACCAGUGGGUCGACAGCGACUUCUCCUACGUCUGGGCCCGCGAGAACUACCUGCAACAGCGGUCGCUGACGCGCGCCCGCGACGUACGCGACCAGCUCGCCAAGCUCUGCGACCGCGUCGAAGUCACGCUCUCAUCCUGCGGCGCGGCGAAUAUUCCGCCGAUUCAGAAGGCGAUCACGGCGGGUUUCUUCCCCAACGCUGCGCGCCUCCAGCGCGGUGGGGACAGCUAUCGCACCGUGAAAAACAACCUCACGGUUAACAUCCAUCCCUCGAGUGUGCUCAUGGAGGUCCGGCCGAAAUGGGUCAUCUUUUAUGAGCUGGUGUUGACGAGUCGCGAGUUCAUGCGCAGUGUGAUUCCGUUGAAGCCCGAGUGGUUGACCGAGGUUGCGCCGCAUUAUUACAAGCCGAAGGAUGUCGAGGCGCUGGGGGUGGACAGGAAGAUGCCGAAGAUUUAG